AUGUUUUCUAUGGAUAAUUUUGAUUUGGAAUCAACAAUGGCUCGUCAUUUUUUCGAAGGUUCUCAAGCUACAAACGGUUCAUCGUCUUCUGGUUCGGAAUUUUUCUUCGGCGAUGAUAACAGCUCGGAUAGCGAUGAUGAUGAUGCCUAUAGCAGUGGCUUUAAUAGCGAUCAAGAGAAUAAUGAAAAAACUCGUUCGCAUAAGCCGCGACGUUUAAAGUGCGCCUCGCAAGUGGCGCAACAACGUCAGGCAGCAAAUUUGCGUGAACGUCGUCGUAUGCAAAGUAUUAACGAGGCAUUUGAGGGUCUACGUUCGCAUAUACCGACUCUACCCUACGAGAAACGUUUGAGUAAAGUCGACACAUUAAAAUUGGCCAUCAGUUACAUUACAUUCCUAAGUGAAAUGGUGAAAAAAGAUAAAAAUGAUAACGAGCCCGGCUUGACUGUGCAGCGUAACUAUCAGAAGGAACCUCCUAAGAAAAUCAUCUUGAAGGAUCGCACUUGUGGUGUUACUCAUUCUUUAUCGUGGUAUCGUCGCGGUGAUCGUUAUCCAGGCAGUAAACUUUAUGCACGCACCUGGACUCCAGAGGAUCCACGUUGUCAUAUUAGUCAUGGGCAACAACAAAAUGCCCAGCAACAACAACAGCAACAACAACAAAUUCAAUUAAAUAAUCUCAACAACAAUAAUAAUAGCAUUAGACAAUUCCCCAAUGAUUCGAAUCAUUCCAAUCAAUCGGAUAAUGAAACAACAAUUAAUAAUAGCAGC